AUGUUGGGAGCUGAGCAUUUGCUCUUGUUAUUUUCAACAGUGGCAAUUCCUCCAGUUGCUUGCACAGUUCUUCUUUGCAUUAUUCUUGCGACUUUCGGCAAAUCACUUGGAUUACGACAAAUUUAUGUUGAUACACUUAUUUGCAUUUUUGAGGUGAGAAGUUUUUAUUUUUUUUUCAAUUAAAAAAAACAAUAAAAUUUCGUUAUCAAUGAAAAAAAAUUCUUUGAGAGUAAAAUGGUGUGAUAACUAGAAACGCAAACAUUUUUUUCCGUUUUGGCCUGUCAGGGACAUGUGUUUCUGCAACUUUGGAAUUGACAUGAGAUAGAUCAAAAAUCAUACUACUCCAUUUGAGAAUCCGGGUUUGAGUGGAUGAAAUAGGAAAUCAGGAACGGAAUUGUGAUAAGAACAUUGAACCAAUACACGUCUAGACAGAAUUGUCCGUUUUGGACACUGUUUUUUGGUUUCAACUUUGUUUUUCUAGAUUUUCGGACAGAAAACGACCAUAAUAAUCUCAUUUUCACUGAAAACUUCAAAAACUUAACAAAACUCAUAAAUUGUUUUCAGUGGGGAGCUCGUCAAAUCAAAACAACGGAAAAAAUCAAACGAAAAGAGAGUACAAUUUAUGCGCAACCUUCUUCAUUUUUCAUCGGAGAUCAUAUAAGUACUGAUAGUGUUGAAUCAGAUUGCGAAAAUGUUGAAUCCGACGCCGAUUCUGGAGAAGAUCUGCCAAGCGUUGAAUUCGAUCUCAAUGAUGAAAGUUUUAUGAAACGCAAAUUUGGUUCGACGACAAGUGAGUUUUCUUGGAACCUAGAUUUGAUUAUGAUAUGAAACAUAUCUAUUAUAUAUGCACGCGCUUUUGCAUGUCUCUAUGAUUUUCUAGGUUUGGCAUCGAUUGGUUCAGUAUGCAGUAUUCGAAGUCGGAAAAUGUCGGAAUCGAGCACAUGUACGUUGUGAUUGUCUUUUCAUUUGAUUUUGUUCAAAUAUUCUAGCUUCUGGGAUGAGUUUUCCCUAGAACUCAACAUAAUAAAUAUUUUUCAGUGGGAAUCAUCAAACGCGAAACACAAAUUCACCUUGACGAUGAUUUGGAUGAUGAAAUCCCCGAUGAAGUAUUCGUGAAAUCUCGAGGCUGGGCUGCAAUUCGUGAUUCUGUUGACUUUGUCAAAGCUGGACUUGAAGCAAUUAUUGAAGAUGAAGUUACGAGUAGAUUUGAAGCAGAACAAUUGAUGUCAUGGAAUAUGUUGACAAGAACAAGUAUUCAAUUUUAUCAAUUUGUUAAUUGGAAGUUGAGCGCAUUGUGGAUUAUUGGAUUUAUUUUCCGAUAUUGUAUCAUGUUACCACUUCGAUUCACAAUUUUCAUCAUUGGAUUGGUAUUUUUAGUCAGUUCUACAGCUCUCAUCGGACUUGUUCCAAGUGGAUCAUUGAAAAAGUAAGAUUUUAAAAUGUGAACACAUGUUUCUAUGAGAUAAUUGUUUUUUUAGGAAACUCAACUAUAGUUGUAUGCUUAUCUGCUACAGAAUUUUAUCUCGAAGUCUGACAGCUGUUGUAUAUUUCCACGAUGAACAAUACAAGGCAACAUCAAAAGGAAUCUGUGUGGCUAACCAUACUUCACCAAUUGACGCUCUUAUUCUAUCUGUGGAUAAUGUUUAUGCUUUGAUUGGACAAAAACAUCAAGGAUUGCUUGGUGUUAUUCAGCGAGCAUUGUCACGAGCAUCAAGUCAUAUUUGGUUUGAGAGAAGUGAGGCGAAAGAUCGAUUGGUUGUUGCUCAAAAGUGGGUUGAUUUUAAAAUUCAUCGGGAAAUUAUAUAUUACAAAUUAUGAAUUUUUAGGCUCAAGGAACAUUGCACUGACCCUGACAAACUGCCGAUUCUGAUUUUCCCAGAGGGAACUUGCAUCAACAACACAUCAGUUAUGAUGUUCAAAAAAGGUUCAUUCGAAAUUGGCGCCACAAUCUAUCCAAUCGCUAUGAAAUAUGAUUCCCGAUUCGGAGAUGCAUUUUGGAAUAGUUCAGAGCAAUCUUGGUUUGGUUAUAUAAUGCGAAUGAUGACGUCAUGGGCUAUCAUCUGCAAUGUUUGGUAUCUUCCACCAAUGACUCGUGAACCAAAUGAGGAUGCUGUUGAUUUCGCGAAUCGAGUAAAGAAAACAAUUGCGAAUAAAGGUGGAUUAGUUGAUUUGGAAUGGGAUGGUGGAUUGAAACGAGCAAAAGUUCCACCAAAAAUGAUUGCAAAACAACAAGAGAGAUAUGCCAACCGAUUGAAUCGCUAUACUUCGUUGUCGGAUAAUUUGAGACAAGAUGAAGAUGGGGAUGAAGUUAUUGAUGAUAAACCUGUUUCCGGUUAUAACUCAUUGGAAGAUUUACCAGAGGAUGUUUGUAUUGACGAGGAGGAUGAAGAUGACACAUUCCAAGAUGGUGAGUUGACCUGAAUUAUAAAAUUAGAAUUUUAAAAAAAUUAUUCAUUUUUUCAGAUACACCAAUCGAUGAGACCAUCCGAAAACUUUCAGUCAACGAAGAUGUUCGUAAUCCAAUUACAGCUGCUUCAAGUUCAGCCUAG